AGCACAAUUAAGUGGCUGCUGCAGUGGUGUGGUAUCUAUAGCUCAGAGAAAGUACCUUCUUGAGAGUCGGUCUAGGAACAAAAGGAGGAGUGGAGCGAGGAUUUGGGCGACUAAUUAGACUAAGAAUGUGAAAAGAGACCAUGCAUUAGAUUUGGCAUUAUUAUUAUUUUCUCCUCUGUGAAACGAGCAAAAGAAAAUAUCGACAAAUAUGGGUUCUUUUGUUGUUGUUGUAGUAGUAGCAGUUGUAGUCCCAGUAGUACUCGACUUUUUGUUAAAAAUCCCAGAAACAUAUUUAGCUAAAUUGUCUUUGAGAUCUGUCUCUCAGACACUACCAACUGGGUUUUGAGAAAAAUCCGAAGCUUUCAGAUUCUCUCCGUUCUCAAAAAGCCUUUUUCUCUCUCUGUCUACGCACAUAAAGGGAAGAUGUGCUGUAAGUAAAUAGAAAAACAUUUCAUUUUUUUUUUUUCAAAAAAGUUGUGAUCUUUGCUGAAUUUUGGGGAAGUUCUUGUUUCCAUAUAAGUAGCCGGUCAUAACUCCAUGACCUGCGAGAUUAUAUGCAAUCUAUUUAUGCAGAUUUUGUUUCUUUCUUGGUUCUUCUCACUGUUUGUGGGUUUGUUUUAAUUUGUCAAGAUUUUCCAUUUUCUCUGCUCUCUCUCUCUCUCUCUUUUUUCUUUCUAAGAUUCUGUGUAUCUCAAGAAUAUGGGGCGUUGAUUUAUAUGCCAAAUGGGGAUUGGAUGGUCUAUGUAUAAAAGGGGAUGGGUUUUUUUUUCUUUUUUUAUUUUGUGGGUUCUCUUUAAAAUUUGCUCAGUACUACUACUAUCAAUGACUCUGAAAUGAUCUUUUGUAUGGCUGACCACAACCAUGGCUCAAGAAGACCAUGGCCAAAAGUAUAGCAAUAGUAGUAGUGGUGGUGGGGCAAGUGGCAGUGGUAAUAUUGGUGGUGGUGGUGGUACUAGCGGUAGAUCUCAGAAGAAGAUGAAACAGAAGAAAGUCCCACAAAGAGGGUUAGGUGUUGCCCAGCUCGAGAAGAUUAGAUUGGAGGAACAGCAGAAAAAAGGGGCAGUUUUACAAGCUGCCAAUGUAUUGCCACCUAAUCAGAUUAUAUCGCCUAGUAAUUCUUCUCCAUGUUUAGCUGCUCAAUGCCCCGCAUUUAGGCCUAGUAUUUCUUCUUGUCAUUCGGUGCCUUUGCCACCGCCAUCACCCAGUGAUCUUCCUUCGCCGAAUUCUUUGUUUAGGCCAACCCCAUCAAUCCCGAGUGUUGAUAUUAUGCAUACAAACUCUGUUCCACUGCCGAAACCGUUCAACGUUGAAGGAGGAGGUGAGAUAGGAUGGUCCGCUGUCCCUGCUCUGCCUAAAGUGUGGAACGGUGAAUUUAGUACUGAUGGGGAGAGUCAGAGGUUGGAUCAUCUUGGAUUCGUGUACCGGUCCAAUGCGAAUUUGCCUUUUGAUUCCAGCAAUCCCACUCCCUUUUUGUCCCUCCCAAAUGUGUUGCAAAGAUCACAACAAUUUCAGCCACCAUCUUCUUCAUCGAUGGUGAAUAUCUCAUCAGCGAUUUCAUCAUCACCUAUACUGAAUUUCCAGAUGGAGCCCCCUUCAAACCAAAAUUUUUGUGCGAGCAACUACACACCUUUGUGGCCAGAUGAAGAGAAGAUGAUUGGCAUGAAGAGGCCAUAUCCCUUCUCUAUGGAAACUCCACCAGCCCCUGCUUUUCACUUCAGAUAUCCUCCUUGCUACGUUGCUCCCAUACCACGAUUAGAUGAACCUGCUUCAUGCAGCAACAGGUGCACCGCCACUACUGAACCAGAAUUUCCAGUUACCAGUUUCAGAGAAGGCCCUUCAAGAUCAAGCACCCAGGCUGAAACAACCCAUAAGGAAGUGAACAUCAGACAAAAUGGAGGCCUGGAUGGAGAUUUUCUUACAUUGGCGCCUCCAGCAGCUGUUGCCCCAAAUUUGAAUUCACAGUACAGGCAUUUUUUAUCGAAUUCAGGGCCCCAGAGCUUAUCUGAAUUGGGAUCUCAGCCAAGCCAAGGAAGCAGUGACGAUACCAUCCAAGGCCAAGGGUCGAGCAAAUCAAUGCGGCCGCCUUUCUUUAGCUUCUUCCCUGCAGCUAAGAAGCAGGUUGGCCAGGUGGCAGCCCCAGCAGACAACUGCAAUGGUGAAGUAGGAGAAAAUGUUGAUCUUAGUUUGAGGCUAUAGAUGCCAUCCCUGGUUUUUUGCUGAAUCGCAACUGUAGGCCAUUUUGCCCUGCUCUGCUCUUUGAUAUGGCUAUUCAUUUCUUGCAGCGAUUGUUAGUGCCUUGUUGAUGGAUCACCUGGUACAGAAGAAAUCUACUCUUCCAAGUAGUAAUUCGACUUCCAUAUGUUUAAGGCACGUUGAUAGACAAAAGAAUGAAGAUAGUUUUGCAUGUGGUUCCACAUCUCGAGUUUUUAAUUUCUACGCAAUGGAAGUUUGGUGGUUCUGCUGACUUGGAUCUUUUUUGGGGGGGCUUUUGGUGGGGUGGAAGUUUGGAUGGCUUCCAAGUUGUUUUAUCCCACCAGCUCCUCCAAUGAAGUGAAAACAGAUGAAAGUAAUUUUAAAUAGGAGAAAAAGAGAGUAUCAUGCCUUCUACUGUUCUACAGAAAGCUUUUAAUCAACUUCUUCCCCCGCCCCCCAUCCCUUCUUCCGACCUCCCCAAGGCCAAAAUUAUCCAAUUAGGUUGUAGUAGAAAGUGUCGAGGAUAUAUUUGAGGUCAUAUGAAAACAUUGAGCCUGUAAGUUACUACUCAUUCUCAUAA